GUCGCGCAUGUGCGGCACGGAUGCCGGAGAGGGGGGUGGGGAGGCGGGAUGCACACAGGCCGCGGCCUCAGCCUCAGCCUGCAGGCGGCGAGCGCCUCGGCUACGGCCAGCUGGACGUGCAGCGGGCGUUCCUCACCUUCUACCUCACAAACUUGCUUUACUUUUGCUACCUGUUUCUGAUACUGUACCUGCCCUCACGCCCGCUCCAAUGAUGAACGACCAGUCGACCCUGCUCCUCAGGAAACAGCUGGCAGAACUAAAUAAGAAUCCAGUGGAUGGGUUUUCUGCUGGAUUAAUAGAUGAUGACGACAUAUACCGAUGGGAAGUUGUCAUCAUUGGCCCACCCGAUACUCUUUUUGAGGGUGGAUUCUUCAAAGCUCACCUUACCUUUCCCAAUGAUUACCCUUUGCGGCCGCCAAAGAUGAAUUUCAUCACGGAAAUCUGGCAUCCAAAUGUUGGUAAGAAUGGCGAUGUUUGCAUUUCAAUUCUGCACGACCCCGGUGAGGAUAAAUUUGGUUAUGAGAAACCUGAGGAACGUUGGCUACCCAUUCACACUGUGGAGACUAUUCUCAUCAGUGUCAUCUCUAUGCUGGCUGAUCCCAACAGUGACUCCCCUGCUAAUGUUGAUGCUGCAAAAGAAUGGCGAGAUGAUCCUUGGGGUGAAUUCAAGAAGAAAGUUGCUCGGUGUGUAAGAAAAAGCCAAGAAAUGGCAUUUGAGUGAAUUCUUCCUCCAACUUUGUGGAGUCAUAAAAGAGAAGAAACCUCAUUUCUCACUGGCCGCUGAUAUUGUGGAUGCCAGCCUGCAGCUCAGAAUUCUACGCUGAUAAGCUUGGACACAGAGAAGCCCUCAUCCCAGAGAGAAACACUCACUGAGAAGAAUUGUGCCCCCCCCCCCCCUAUCCCCCGCAAUUGAUAGCAACAAACAUGUUUUAAAAUACCUUAAGUUUCAUCUCUGUUAUUUUCUGCUCCCACCAAGAAUUAGUUGUAUUGAUUUAGGUAUAUUUUGGAUUUGGUCGGGAAUCUGUCACGUUAAGUGAGGCUUAUCUUUGCACUUCUUAAGAGUGCUGCUGCGUUUGCCUAAAAGUAAUCUGCUGAAUCAUUAGGUAGCAUUUCUAGAUCAGCAGUUUUGCAGACAAAUCUUCUAGGUACAGUAAUAGUUCAGAGCUCGGGAUAAGAGAGGAUAACUCAAAAUACCUUCCAGUUUCCCAGUUAAGCCAUUUGAGCAAUUUCAGGAAGUGCAGAGGCAGUUGCCGUUACUGCACUUGUUGCCAUAUAUUUGUAAAUUAUAUGUAAGACUUAUUUUUGAAUAACUACACAUUUAGAUUAUUAUCAGGCCAUUCGGGAUGUUAUUUGCUGUUUUUCUUGCUCGAAAAUAUGACUAAAAUUAUUCAUCUUUAAUUCUUUCUAUAUUUGAUCUGAGCCUAAUAAACCAAAUUUAUUGUAG